UAGGAACAUUUUCCUCUUCAGCUGUGACUUUUGAAAAUUUGAAGAUCAAAGUAUUUAUUUACAUUGUAAAAGAAUUAGCAAAGAAUAUAGAUACUAACAAUUUAAAUGGAGAAUAUGAAAGAUUAGAUAUUCUUAAAAAAUCAAUAAAUGACUUAUAUAGUGAAUCUAUUGAAAUUUGGAAUGAAAAAUACAAUGCCUUAGAGAGGUUAAUGAAAAUGCAAGCCAUUAAUGAUAUUUCUGCUUCAUUUUCUGGAAGUGUUGAAAAUCCCAUUGAUAGACCUAUUAUUAGAGAUCCUAUCAAUGAACCUAUUAUUCCUCCAGGUAUCAGAAGGAUUGCUCACAGAAGGAGUGAAACAGCUUGCUAUGAUGAUAUUCGUGAUGUGUUGAAAUUAUUUCUUAAAGAUAAUGCAAAACGUAAGACAGUAAAGUAUACGGGAUGUUGGUAA